GCGGCUCAGUCUCAGCUGCACUCUCACUCCGGAGGAGCGGAGACGCGCUUCUGUCCACAACUCUGGAUAAACACCUGAACUCCGGCGCGUAAAUCUCCAGAUAUUCCCCGUCGCCUCGUAAGGGAAAGCGCGAGUUGCGCGUCCUGGCGUGAGAGGAUUCAGGGAGUGUCGGAGCUGCAGGCGCGCGCUUUGAAUGAAUCAUGAACUGUGCCCUCAAAUGACGCCUGCUGACACACAGUGAUUCCACAUUGUUGCCCCGUUGAUCUGGACUGGCGCAAGCAUGACGUCCGACGACCUGUGCCACAACGUCACCUGCACCAACAACAUGACGGUGAAGGAUGAUGGGAAGCCCUCGGUCAGCAUCAUCAUGUUCCUGGCCGGCGUGGUGGGGAACCUUCUGGCCCUCUUCAUCCUGGGCGUUCACCAGAAGGAGCACCGCUCCCGCUCCUCCGUCUUCUGCAUCCUGGUGACUGGUCUGGCUCUGACGGACCUGCUGGGCACCUGUCUGCUCAGCCCUCCCGUCUUCAUCUGCUACGCCCGGAACAUCUCCCUCAUCGGGCUGGGCGACGUCAGCCUCUGCAACCUGUUUGGCUUCGCCAUGAGCUUCUUCGGCCUGGCCCCGACUCUCAUCCUGUGUGCCAUGGCUGUGGAGCGCUGCCUGGCCAUCAGCCACCCGUACUUCUACUCCCAGCACAUCCGGCCCAGCUUCGCCAAGCUGGCGCUCUUCUUCAUCUACCUGUUUUCCCUGGGAUUCUGCCUGCUGCCGUACAGCGGCUUUGGCAAGUUCAGGCAGUACUGUCCUGGCACCUGGUGCUUCAUCGACAUGGACGCCGACCAGGAGGCCGACCCCGGCCUGGUGCUGGCUUUCUCGCUGUCUUACUCCACUCUGAUGGCGCUGCUGAUAUUUGCCGUGUUUGUGUGCAACGGCUCCGUCAUCAUCAGCCUCUGCCAAAUGCACCGCAGCCAGCUGAUUCGACGUGGCUCCAUGGGGCCCGCAGGACGGAGAAGGAAGAUGAGCCUGGCCUGGUUCGGUCACGGAGAGGAGGAGAUGGACCACCUGGUUCUGCUGGCGCUCAUCACUCUUAUCUUCGUGGUCUGCUCCCUGCCGCUCACGAUUGCAGGCUUCAUGAGCGCCAUUCACCCGUUCUGCGGAGAUCGCACCAACCUGGUGGCCUUCCGCUUCUACGCCUUCAACCCCAUCAUGGAUCCCUGGGUCUUCAUCAUCUUCCGCAAGUCUGUGUUUCGCCACCUCUGCUCCAUCCUCAGCUGUCGCAUCAGCAAAAGAGCGGUGAAGAGCGCCACUCACUGCGCUCUUUCUUUACCCAUGGAUAACCAUAUUCCACGCCACCCCUGCGACACAACGCCAUCCUAGACUGGCGUCUGGCGCUUUGGAUUUUUGGUUGAGAAAUACCGCAACCCAGAAGAGACCAGUGACUUACUCUCCUUGAUGAAGACAGUGAUAGAAUUACUGUUUCUUGCACUGAGGAACUCCAUGGACCAAGAGUUUUAUUUAACGUUGUUGUCUUAUCGCUCGAAACACAUGGCUGCAUGCAAGUGAAGAGAUGUGGUGAAGAUGUACAGAUGUACUGUUUCAAGAUUUUGGGAUUAUUGCAGAAGCGAUCUGACUCACGAAGCGUUGGAUCCUCACACUCACUGCUCACUGGCUCACUACCUCUGUUGCUUGUUGUGUCUUCAGUACUGUGGCAGUACAGUACAGUACUGGCAGAUGAGGUCUCAUUAAACAGUAUCGCAGGGUUGAUGAAACAGUGUCCUAAUUGUCAGAGGCCUCUAGAUGGCACUGUCUUGGUUUAGAAAUUUGUUGUUCAAGUCCAACAUUAUACAGAAGACAGUGCCAUCUGGUGGCUUCUGAACAUCAGGACACUGUUUCAUGAAGUCUCAUCAAGCCUUCAGUACUGUGUCACGAAACCUCAUCUACCUGUCACUACUCAUCAGCAGUGUUGUCUCUAAAUACUGUCAUGUGGUCUUGUAUUGAAUGCAUGAACAAACCAGGAUUGAAAAAUCUCGGCUUGAAAGGUCCAAACCAAGCCUGCUAUUGAACGGUGUCCACGAGAGCUGCGCUUGAACCACCUCCUCCUUUGCACAGUUCACUAGCACGGGACGGUUGAUCUCCAUUCCGGGCUCGUUCACUGUCAAAGAUGAUCCCACUAGUCAGACCCGCGAAGACAUGCCACGUCCACGCUUGCCAGGCUUCAUCCAAAAUCUGCAAACGUCACCACAUUGGAAUUUCAGUUGCACAAUUGGUGACAGUGAAGCCACAUCUUGGGGAACCAAAUGCUCUUCAAUAAAUAAGGUGCAACUGUUCUGGGCACUCUAGUUUCCUCCCAUAAUCCAAGAGCAUCCCAAGUGGUGGGAGAACUCCAAGAAUUCUUUUCCUACAUCUUUAUCCUAUGGGUGCUGAAAGAAUGGAACAGAUUGUGUGCAGUGUCCUGUGGUCAAACCAGCAACUGGAGUCGUAACUUGUCGAUCGCAUGCGUGUUUGUCGUCUGAACUACCUAGAAUUUUCCACUUGCUGAGUUGUCAGCCUCUGUUGCUGCAGAUGCUGCUGUGGGCUAAUGCUUCUUCUGCUGUUUUUUUGUGUGUGACUGUGUUUCUCAUCAGGUUUAUUUAUGUGCUAUGAUGUGACGUUAUGUGCCGUUGUGCAAUGUCGCGCUGUGCUUUUUUCAGGCUUGGUUACACGUUCACAUUUCUGAGAUGCUCCUCGUGCGUGAGUCCAUCAAAGUAAACAGUAUAUGACCACGUGCACAUUUAUGUAUAUUCAGGGUAUUUUUGACCAUUAAAUCAUUGCAACAACCGAUGUAAAAUAAAUAGUAUUAAUUCACCUGCAACUUCUUUAUUUAUUACAGAUAACAAUGCUGCAAAUACUAAGAAAAAUACUGCAAGUGUAUGCACAUUGUGUAAACACAGAAAGUCUGUGCUUCAUCUCCGUUUAUUCAUGGACCACGAUAGUCACAAGACCUGUGUCGGUCUGCGGUGGAUGUUGUAUACAAAAGAAGGAUAAACACAGAAUGAUCGUGAUGAAGUUGCCAGGGCUUGUAUUUUACUGUGGACUCGUUGGUGGCAUUCACUUUAUGACUUUGUGGGCUAUUUUUAACACGUGUUUAAGGUCUUUUUUAACCCAUAAAUGUUGAUUUCUGAGGGGAAAGGCACUUGCAUGUAUUAAUGUCAUACCAGGAUGAACGCUUGAAGUGAUUUAAGAUUAGUACAUUUGUAAAAUAAGUAUCUUAUUUUGGUUAAUUGUUUACGAUGCUUCAGUUGACAUUAAUGUGGUGUUUGCAUAAUUUCAUAUCCGCUUUGUGAUGAAGUGUCGAUGACGUGACAUGAUCGCCUCCUUGUGGUUAUCUGUGUUGAUUUUUUUUUUUUUUGGUUUUUCACCAAGUCUCAAAGUCGAGCCACUAUUCUACAUAGUCGUAGUGGAGCAGGAAAUAAGUACAAAACUAUCAAAGACCAGCUUUCAAUUUGUUAUGAUUCGAAACUUCGGCCUUCAAUAGAAAAAAUAAGACAUAGGUUGGAGAAGUACUGAAAGUUUAAUUCAAAAAGAGGAAAUAAUAGCUUUCACUUUCGAAAGUCCAAACAUCACUGAAUAGAGGUGCUGGUUGCGUAUGUUUUGGAAUACAACGGCG